AUGGCUGCAGCACGCACCCGCCCGCUUGUGAUCGCCGCCGUCAUCAUGGCGGUGGCCAUGGUUUCCACCGGCGGCGGAGUUCGCGCCGACGACCCGUACCAGGUCCUGGAGGCCCACGGCCUGCCGAGAGGCGUGCUACCUCUGGGAGCGGUCGACUACCACCUGGACCCGGUGAGUGGCCAGUUCGACGUCACCCUCCCGUCGCAGUGCGACGUCACUGCGGGCUCACGUACCGUAAGGUACGAGGCGAGCGUCUCCGGUACGAUCAACAACGACACCCUCUCAGAUCUCAACGGCGUCGCCGUGGACUUCGUCUUCUGGAUCCCGAUAUCUUCAGUCAGGAAGGACGGCGCCGAUCUCAUCUUCACGGCAGGGCCAGCCCGGGAAUCAUUCCCGAUCCGCCCUCGACGCGCCGACCCUCCCCGGUCCGACCUCGAGGAGCGCGAGCGCGCCUUCGCCGCCGGCGGGGGCCCGUACGUCGACCCCGACGAGCUCGCCAGGCGCGAGGACAAGCGCAAGGCCGCCGACAUCGACCGCGAGCUCAGCGAGUUGAAGGCCAGGAAGAACUCGCGCAUCUCCGGAUCUGCUUCGACCUCGGCACAUGGAGACAAGAAGGGUGGAACUCGAGAGAACGGAGUAAAAACUGACAAGGGGAAUUAUUUGAAGGUUUCAUGGGAAGGUGGAGCAGAUUACUAUACUGCUGCAAAGUUGGAGGACAUCUUUAAGCAAUUCGGCAAGGUUGAAGACAUUGUGAUCAAGACCAAAAAAUCAAGGAACAGGGGUUCAGCAAUUGUUGUCAUGGCUUCUAAAGAGGCAGCAAAAACCGCACUGAAGAACCAUUCUGUGUACAAUGUCUUCCCGGUCCCAUUAAUGGUUGCUCCUGUUGAAGAAUCGGGUCCAGCGUUCGCAACUCCACCAUCUGAACCACCGAGGGCGAUCAACAUUGAUGGAACUGGAUUCGUUGAUAUGGAAGCGUCGGUAUUCCGGAAACUUCAAGAGGCCCAUAAGAGGAAGCAAUGUGGAUAACUGGUGCUUUGCGGAACAUGAGCUUGCAACUUACAGAGUACAUUUUGGUGUCACAAGUCACACCAGCUGAGGAUCAUCAGUAGUUCUGGACAGUUCAGAUACAUAUUCGGAACAAAUUUCAGGCACGUGGAGACAAGAAGGGUGCAACUCGAGAGAACGGAGUAAAAACUGACAAGGGGAAUUAUUUGAAGGUUUCAUGGGAUGGUGGAGCAGAUUACUAUACUGCUGCAAAGUUGGAGGAGAUCUUUAAGCAAUUCGGCAAGGUUGAAGACAUUGUGAUCAAGACCAAAAAAUCAAGGAACAGGGGUUCAGCAAUUGUUGUCAUGGCUACUAAAGAGGCAGCAAAAACCGCACUGAAGAACCAUUCUGUGUACAAUGUCUUCCCGGUCCCAGUAAUGGUUACUCCUAUUGAAGAAUCGGGUGGCUCACCAGCAUUCGCAACUCCACCAUCUGAGCCACCGAGUACAAUCAACAUUGAUGGAACUGGAUUUGUUGAUAUGGAAGAGUUGGUAUUCCGGAAACUUCAAGAGGUCCAGAAGAGGAAGCAAUGUGGAUAAUUGGUGCUUGGAGGAACAUGAGCUAGCAACUUACAGAUGACAUCUGCUGUCACAGGUCACAACAGCUGAGGAUCAUCAGGACAGUUCAGUUAGAAAGUCGGAGCAGUUUUUUUGAUUUUGUUGCUGAUAUAUUGUUGUCAUUCCUGCAUAUGCUUGACCCAAGCUGUACCCAGUUACUGUCAUUGCGUGCGUGUACUUCGACUAUGUAUUCUUAACUUCUUACAGGUAUGUUUUUUUGGAGUAAUUUGUACUCCUAUAGGAAGUGAAAGGAAAACAAAACCCUCCACUGUUCA